UUCUCAGCUGCCUGCCUUUUCAUUGUUGAAGCCUGUCCUCUGUGAAAGAAAUCACUGCCCUCGUGUAAUUGAAGCUCAAAAGCUAGUGCUCCUCUUCGGUUUAUAUCUCAUUGCCUUUGGAAGGGGAGGUGUUGGCUCGUCUCUGCUGCCCUUAGGUGCAGACCAAUUUGAGAAUAGAAAUUCAGCUGAAAUAGAAAAGAAAAAGUCCUUCAAUUGGUUUUAUUUCUCUGUCAACAUUGGUGCUCUUAUUUCAAGCACAAGUUUAGUUUGGGUUGAAGAGAAUGUUGAUUGGGCACUUGGAUUUGGAAUUUCUACAUUCUUCAUGGCCCUAGCAAUAGGAACCUUUCUAUAUGGGACACCAAUUUAUAGGAUACAAAGACCAGGUGGGAGUCCCCUAAAAAGAAUUCUCCAAGUUCUGGUUGCAGCUCUGAGAAAAGCAAACAUAGAAGUCCCCAUUGAUAACAGUCUCCUACAUGAGGUCCCAUUUAAGAACUCGAUUGCCAAGGAAAGCUGGAAAUUAGUUUAUACUAAUGACUUCAGAUUUUUGGACAAAGCUGCUACAAUGUCAGAAUCAGAUGCAAAUAGUACUGAUUCUCCAAGUCCUUGGAGACUCUGCAGUGUGUCUCAGGUGGAGGAGCUAAAGAUUCUUCUCCGUUUACUCCCAAUUUGGGCGGGUGGCGUUGUAUAUUCAGUUUCUUAUGCCCAAAUGAGCACCACAUUCAUUGAACAAGGCAGCACAAUGGAAACAAAGAUUGGAGGCUUCUCAUUCCCACCUGCCUCUCUCUUUGCCUUUGAAGUCCUUAUUGUCAUCUUAUGGGUUUUUAUCUAUGACACACUUCUUGUUAACAUUGGGAAGAAAUUUAUAUCAAAUGGACAAGGACUUUCAGAGCUACAAAGAAUGGGAGUUGGUCAUCUACUGAUGAUCUUAGCCAUGUCAACAGCUGCAUUGGUGGAAGAAAAAAGGUUGGAAUAUCUAAGGUAUGGCAAAACCAUGAGCAUAGCAUGGCAGCUUCCACAAUAUUUUAUUUUUGGUGUUUCAGAGGUCUUCAUUUAUGUUGGACAGCUCGAGUUCUUUAAUGGUCAGGCACCUAACACCAUGAAAAGUACAUGUAAUGCAUUUUCCUUGCUUACAAUAUCUGGAGGCAAUUACUUGAGUUCUCUUGCUAUUACAUUAGUCACUUCGGUUACUACACAAGGAGGAAGGGCAGGCUGGAUACCUGCUAACUUGAAUGAAGGGCACCUUGAUUAUUUCUUUUGGGUUUUGGCAGGAUUAAACACUCUCAAUUUUGUCAGUCACCUUAUCUGGGCAAGAAGAUACAAGCCUAAAAACAUAGUUUUUGAAGAGAAUUUUGAAGCUUGCUGAAGAUCUACAUGCCAAGAUGUUCGUGUUCAAGAAAAGAUUUACCAAUUUGAAGGUAAUUAUGAUUGAAUCACUAACUUUAGUUUGACAGAGACUUAGAAACGAGUUAAAUUCUCUCUAGUAGGAGUUUCUUAAAGAUUAAACAUAGGUUAACCUUAUCCCAAGUUCCCAACUAUUUUGGAUUAGCUACAUGAAUGAACUCUUCUUUGCAUUCCUCUAACCAAGGCCUCCCAUUUCUUAAACAAUAGGUCAUCAAGUCUUCUCUCACUACUUCAAAGUUUAAACUAUGUAAUUUUUAGUAUUUCAUUUGUACAAUAGUACUUCUAAAGAGUUCAGCUUACCAAAUGAUGGUAAGGGAGAUGUCUAGAAACAUGAAUCUAGCAUUUAUCUGGCAUGCAAACCGGGAUUCAAUGAAAAUAAGGCUCUGUUUUUUUGGCAAUGCAAAUGAAAAUUGCAAUGGUGUAAAACUUUGAAAAUAGGCUGAGCGUCUGGUUUACUUU